CAAAAAAUCACAAGAGAUACCAAAAAUCAGUAAAUAUAGGACAUGGCUUGCAGAGUGCAGAAAAGGGUAUCAUUGCGCAGAAGACUUCACAUUCUGCGAGUUCUUACCAAUUCCAACAACAUCAAUGCCAAUAUUAUCAACAGAAAUUCCAUUGCUAAUAGUACUUUUCUACAAAUACAUAAGCUAAAGCUUGAACUGGAAAAUCUCCAGAGAGAGCAUGAAAACCUGGUAGCCACAAGAAGAUACUACAUUAGUUUAUUGAAUGAUAAUGUCAAUGAUACCAAGGAUGUUAAAAUAAAGAAAAUAAGGGCAGGAGCUUUUAUGGUGAAGGUCACAUGUGAGAAAGGAGAUGGUAAGUUGGUUGCUAUUUUAGAGGCUUUUGAAAAGAUGUGUGUGAAUGUUGAGCAAGCAAGAGUUUCAUGUGAAAAUGGGUUUUCUAUGGAAGCUAUUAUUGUGGCCGAGGAUCAAAAUCUGGAUGUUAGAGAUGUUAAUGAAGCGCUUCUAAAAGCAAUAGGAAAGGAGUGUGGUGAAAAGGGGUUAGAAGAGGUUGACAAUCAUAGUAAUUUGUGAAUUUUUUUAAGGACGUUAAUUUAUUUAACAUCUUGUGUAGCUCAACAAGUUUUUACCUAUUUUUAUGUUUUAUGUUGCUAUUAUAUAAAUAUGUAAAAGUAUUGUUGAAUGAUUACAUGAGAAUGAUAAAUAUUGUUUUGAAAA